CAAAAGAAGAGCAAAAACACAGUGAAGCUGUUAUUAUUAUUAUUGUCAGGUGUAUUUGAUAUAGUUGUAGUUUUGGAUGUAACAUUCAAAAAAGGCCUUUAUAAAACGUGUUUAUACUGUGUAUUUAGAAAUUGAGUUGGUGAACUAUAGGGAAAGUUAAACCUGCUGUGAUUCAGUUAUGUAAAUGUCCUAAAGUACUCCAAACCCAUCAUCUCAGGUUACUACAAUACUUAAUCAACAUAGGAAAGUGGUCAUUGUUUAACAAUUCACUCACUGACCACACAUGUGAUGUCUCCCCCCGUUUGGUUUCUGCUCUGUGGUUGCUCAAUCUUUUAUUUUUUUUAGUCUUUCAACUUUGAGGGAGAGUUUAUGUUUCCCUGUCUUUCCCCUCUUUAUUGCCUCUCAGAGGGAAUGUAGAAACGUUUUUAUAGGCUAAGUAAGUAAGCCUUCCACCAGUGUGCUCGCAAUCUUCACUCUCCGUCUCCCCUCCCCCGCUCUCCCUUGUUUUAUCACAGCCCUUGCCUUACCUGGCUGUGUGUGCUAUACAGACACACCCGGCUACUCCAUGUCAACCAAUUGCUGCUCAGGAACAGAGACUCCAAGGAGGUGUACUUCCUGUGUUUCGUGAGAGAAGAGUGGGGCAGGAGAAAAGGGAGAGUUGUGCACUCCUCAUUUGCUUUGCCAAGGGGGGUCCACAGGGGCGAUCAUGUCGACCAUAAAGGGGAGGGAAGAAGGACUGAAGUAGUGGACUCAAAAUACUUCAGUGUGAUUUAUCUGUGUUCAGCUCUCUGUUCACCAACAGCGACUGAGAGAAGAAGACAGAGAGAAAGGAGGAGGGCAGAGAUAAGUGUCAAUCUGUUCAGACUUGUUUGGGAAUUUGAGGAGGGAGGGAGGGGAGGAGGGCAAAGACAGAGAGAGGCAGCAAGAGGGAAAAGCAAGGAGAGCUCAGCCGUAAACAUUACGUUUCAACACACAAGUAAAAGUUUAGGUAGAGAAGGAAAAAAUGUUUUUUGAUCUAGUCAAGGAGGACAUUUGCUGUGUCAUGUAGACAAUGCAGGGAAUGAAUUCUUAUGUGUUGUGCAAUCCCAUGCCUUUGAACUGAACUGGACUGGGGGAAGACCGCAGAUCUCCCCAGGAUACUACACUCAGGAUACUAUAUCACAAGACUGGCUUUUUAAUAUCCAGCAAAUUUUGUCUCCAAGUCCAACAUCUGAGUGUAAAAACAUAGCUGAAGUGUUGAAGCUUCCAAGAAUUUCCAAGGUUCUCCAAAAUAUGAUACCAUGGGGACCAAAAGGCCCAGUGGCACCCUCUUUGACACAUUAUCUAACAUAAACACCUCAGACCGCAAGCUUCAGCCAGGUGGAAAAAUCUCUCGGGAUCCAAGUCCAAGGCCGGCGAUGACUGCCCAGUCGGAGCGAGUGAGAGACCGUGAAGAGGACUGGAGGAGAGAGAGAGAGACAGAGAAAAUGAGGGACAAACCCAGAUAUAAAGACUCUGACCCGAGAGAGAGACUCUACGAAAGAGACAGAGGUCCUGUGCCCCGGCCCAGACAGAGGGAAGGAGAGAGAGAAUGGAGGGAGAGAGAAAGGAGGCACGAAGAUGACAGGAGAGGGCAUGGGAGGCCGCUGUCGAAUUUAGAGAAAGAGACUGAUAGACUGGUGGAGAGGGGGAUGAAGAAAGGCGACACGUUUCCCAGAAUGAGAAAAGGCAGCCCAGAAGGUGGAAGCAGAAUGACGCCCACCACUGCAAUGAGGGAAAGAGGGGAUAGGAGGCAGAGAGAGAGGCCCAAAAGAAUAGAAGCAGAUGAGUGGGAUAGGGAGAGAGAGAGGGAAAGGCAAAGAGAGAGGCACAGAGAGAGGGAAAGGGAUGAGAUGAGAAGCAGGGUGAAGGAAGGGGGACGUAGACCUGUAGAAGAGGAGAAGUCACGGCCGAGGGAAAGAUACCAUGAGUCUGAUCCAGACAGAAAGAGAGAAGUAGGUGAUACACUGGACAGAAGAGAGAGGGAUGCUGGGAGAAAAAGAGAAAAGCCAGGGUCUAAUAUGCGAGAGAGGGAUACCAGGAUGCCGUCUCCGAGUAGAAGAAGAGACGGGGAAAUUUACCUCGAUAGGAAGGAUAAGGAAAAUCCCCAUAAAGAGGGAAGGAGGGAUACAAGGAGUGAAGGAGACAGCGAUGAGAGAGAGCGAAGAAGGGAGGGAGCGAGGGACAAAGAGAGGGAGGAGUUGAUAUAUCAACAAAGCAAGAGCGAGGGGGACAACAAGAGCAGAACAGAGAGGGGGGACAGGGAAGAGGACAAGCAUAGAGAUAGAGACAGAGACGGAGAGGUGGAUCAAUCCAGGAGAAGAAGAGCGGAGAAAGAAAGGGAGAGGUACAGAGAGACAGACCGAGAGAGAGAAAGAUGGAAGGAUGACAGAUACAGAGAGAAUGAUCAGAGGAGAAGAAGAGAAACAAAGGAAAGAGAGGCAGAUCCUAGGAGGGACAAGACGACAGACAGGAGAAGCCAAGCUCAGAACGAGACGGCUCCUAGGGCGCCGCCACGAGCUCAGAGCAGCGGAGAGUUAAGCAGUGAUAUGGACAGUGAGUUGAGGCAUAGAAGAGGACGAGACAGUUACGAAGAGAGAGAGAGUGAAAGAGGUGCAGAAGAGCAGAGAAACUCAGAGAGAAAUAGAAAGAGAAGUGAACAAGGGGAGACGACAGAGCAGAGGAGGAUGUGGUUAGAGCCGCAGAGGGGCAAGAAUAGUAAGGGAGAGUUUGUAGACAGAGAGAGACACUCGAGGGAGCAAGAGAGGAGGAUGGCGUCAAAGACGGAGUGGGAAAAGGAUGGGCGGAGAGUAAAAGAGGAACCAGAUGAGAGGAACUUGGACCAAAGCGGUAACAGGGAAAGACAUGGAGGGAGGGAUGAGUACAGUAGAGACAGAGAGAGGGAGUCAGUGGGUGUAAGCGUAGAUGGAGAGGAGGUGGGCCAAGUCUGGAGGGAACUAGAUAAAGGAGGGAAGGAACAUCUGUCAGACAGCGAUGGAGGGAUAGAGAGAAAUCGACAGAGAAAUGCAGAGGAAGAGAACGUGACAGAUAACACAGAGGAGAGUGACAGAGAGGAAGAGGGUGGGAGUGAUUACUGGGCACGCUCCGGCAGCGAAGAAGGAGGAAGUGAGACAGGGUGUAAGCAAGACAGGGACAGAAUGCUGUCAGGAGAGGAUGGAUUUGUGACUGUGUCCAGCGGCGGGGACGAAGAGGAUGAUAGAGAGGAAGAGGAAGAAGAGUUUGAGGACUGUCAGGAGUUUUUGGAAGGGGAAGGUUCUCAUGAUGGACACUCACCUGUUGCUUUUAGGGAAGAGAAGGAGAGAGAAGAGGAGAAGGAGGAUGAAGAAGGAGAGGGGAGGGAGAAGCAGCAAAAUUACGUCUUCUGUGUCACUGGGCAAACAUCGUCAACGUCACAUGUUGAUCCAAGGAAGGGAGUGGAAAAAGAUGACCCAAGUUUGGACAGUAGUCAUCAUUGUGGUGAUGACGCCACACAACCUCAGAGUGAUCUGAGAAAAAAUGACAACAACCCGGUCAUCAACAACCAGGAUGCGGAAACAUCUGAAGUGGAUGUCAGAUACAGAGAGUCGUCAGAGCCUGAGAGUGCAGAGACUGGAGAAGGAACCAAGAGGAGAGUGGAGCAUCCUUAUGCAGAAAUCGACGCAGUUAAAAGAGACUCACAGACUGAACGACUCCUCAUAGAGUGGAGAGAGAAAAGCAAAGAUCCGGAGAGACGGAGUGAGAAUAAUUCACCCGUCCCGACUAAUCCUUACGCUGAUGUCUUCUCUCAAGUGGAUUUUGAGAAAAUUCAACCCAUCUUGGACGGGAUUAAGGCUGGAGCGAUGAGUCCGGAGGAGGUGGAGGCCAUCAGGAUAAGAAUGAGCGGUGCGUGGAGCAUGUCAGAGGAGCCCAAGCGGCAUUCCCAAGCACCCCACCUAAAAUGGGCUAAAAAUGUAGUGCGGGAGAUCCUGGGACGCUCGGAGGAACAGACUUUGGAGGAGCCAAACAAAGCUGUACAAGAGGCAGAGGCUAAAGAAGGGACUGGAGAGAUGACUGUUGUAAGGUCAGACCAGGAGCACUCAGAGCCCGAGCUGGAGGAGGAAGAGGGGGAGGAGGAGGAGGAAGAGGAAGAGCCGUUGGAGGUGGAGGGAUUGAGAGGUAUGGGGCAGAACCAAGCCGACAUGCAUGCUGACCAGUUCUCGGCUAUGCAUGCUGACAUAUCCACACACACUCACGCUGACACAUUGUUAUACUUGGAUAGGAAGGAGGAUCACGAUACAGAUGUACAGACUGAAGAGAAGGCAGAUGUAGAGGUGAAAAUUAGCAAAGAGGUGGCUGAUGAAGGUGAAAUUUCUGAAAGGGAAGAACAAGCAAGAAGGGAGAAGGAAGUGGAGAUGUAUUUAUCUGUGAGCAACACUCUGUACAAGCCGAACAGCUGCCCCAUUCUUAACUAUGACUCAGAGUCUGACCACCUCUCCUCCAGAGAGGACGAGGGGCAGGAGGUAGAGGAGGGGAUGGGAGGGAGUGAAGAAGAAAAGCAGGGAGGAGAGUCUGAAGAGAGGGGUACAGCGGACGAGGUGGGACAGAUAAGGGAAGGAGAGGUGGGAACGGAUGUGAAAAUAAACGGAGGGACGCUGACGAGCAGCUGCAGUUUUCGAGAUUUGGGCCCCGAGGCUCGAUUUCGAAGAAGGGGGAUUCGGAAAACCACUGAAAGAAGAAAAGGAGAGCUUGUAGAAGUGGAAGAAGAAGAGGAAGGUGUUGGAAGGGAUCGCAGACCCAGAAUAUUCUCAACAACAGACGAUGAGGACGAUCGUAGUAAAAGCUGGGGAGAAAUCGAGCUGAGGAAUGUUUUGGAAACAAUCGACAGACGGAAAAGGAACUCCAGGUUUUUCAAUGCCCAGCUCUACCAGCAGUACAGCGAGGAUGCUCAGAACUCCGAGAUCCUACGGCAAGCUCACUCAUCUGAUGUCCUCUCUGUGGGCGAGGACCCUUCAAGGUCACCUGUUCCCUCGCCUCCUCCGGCCCGCAGACCCCUCCCUCCACUACCUUCAGUACCGCAUCCCCACUCCUUUUCCCACACAGGUUCAAUCACCAGUAUCCAAAGCUUGCCUCUACCCAAGCAAAGGAGAGAGAGCAGGCCUACCUCCCCUCGUCUUUCCAUCUCUCUCACACAGUCGUCCUCACUUUGGCGGGAGCUGCCAGGCGUCAGAAACAGUGUUGAGCUGGAGGAGCUCAAUGAGGACGAGAGACGACUCCAGGAGGUGAGGUUUGAGGUGGUAACGUCAGAGGCCUCUUAUUGUCGUAGUCUGGAUAUUGUUGUUGAACACUUUGUCAAGUGCAAACAGCUGGGGGCGCUGCUGACCACUCAAGAUAGGAACUGGCUGUUUUCUCGGCUGGCUGACGUUCGUGCCAUCAGCCACAGCUUCUUAUCAAAGCUGGAGGAGCGGGUGGAAUCAAACAUCAUACAUUUCACUGUGUGUGACAUCAUCGCUCGCCACUGUCAGCGCUUCAAAAUGGUUUAUGUUCCCUACCUCACCAACCAGUCUUAUCAGGACGCCACCUACCAGAGACUCAUGAAUGAGAAUCAAGGGUUUCGGCGGAUUGUUGAGAAAUUAGAGAGGAGUCCUGUGUGUCAAAGACUCCCCCUGCGAUCCUUUCUUGUCCUUCCCUUCCAAAGGAUCACGAGAAUAAAGCUGCUGGUCCAGAACAUUGUGAAGAGAACAACUCCUGGUACUCCAGAGGCGACUCACGCCAUCAAAUCGUUGAAACUUCUGGAGAAGCUGAUACAGGAAAGUAACGACAGCAUCACUCAGAUGAAGAGCAUUGAGUCCCUAGUUUGUCUCAGCGCUAAGGUGGACUUUGAAUGCAGGACUCUUCCUCUGAUCAGUCAGUCUCGGAGGCUGGUGCGAGAAGGACUGGUCACUGAACUUAUGGAUUUCUCUCUAAAGGACACAGAGAGGAAUAUUUACAUGCAUCUUUUCACUGACUACUUGCUAGUGUCCCUCCAAAAAGAAGGGGGACGAUUCACAGUGAUUGACCACGCUCCUGUAGCAGAAGUGCGUGCAGAGAACUGUCGUGUUAAACUCCACUCCCUCCAGAAGAACCUGAUCCGGCUGCACAUGUCUAGCAAAGCCCUGCUGCUACGAACUGAUACACAGAGUGAUAAGCUACGGUGGAUAUCCGCUCUUUCUCGGCCACAUCCUGAUGUAGAUUUUUCUGCCGCACAAGAUUUUCCUCAGAUGCAGUGCAUUCGAGCCUUUGUUGGCCAGCAGCCGGAUGAGUUGUCUUUGGAAAAAGCUGAUAUCAUUCUAGUGCACCAGCAGAGCAGUGACCAUUGGGUAGAGGGAACCAGACUGCCUGAUCGGCAUCGUGGAUGGGUGCCUGAGUCCCAUUUGGAAACCAUAAGCAACUCCAGAGUUCAACAACGCAACCUGUUAGAUGCUCUCAAACUGACAACAGCCAAAGCUGCCAUUUGACCAGGAUGCUCAGAGUGGAACUAAAUGGAGAGAAAUCAACCACAGAGGACGAAACUUAAAAGUCUCUGCAUCUGACUGCUGCAAAUAUGAUGAUGGACGUUUGAUACUCAGAAUGGGGAUAUAUCUUGUUGAAUUAUUCACAGGAAGUGCAACAAUAGAAAUGCAGCAAAAUGCAUCUCAAUGUAGCAUUAUAUGUCUGCCUUGUUUCACUCGCUGAAACACUAAUUAGCUUUAGAGUGAUCUGUGAACGGCUGAUGCCAACCUGAAAGACUUUAAGAACUUAGCGACUCAGUGCGCUGUGUAUUAUAAUACAUCAAUAAACUGGUGUUUAGAACAAAAUAGUUUUAAAAGGGACUUUUUUCCAAGAAAGAUAAUUUUUUGCAUAUGUGAUAUUAUUUGUGUAUAUUGAACAAAAUACAAAGUUUGGUCAGUAGUGCAUCCUGAAUGAAGAGUUGGACCAAAUAAGCUGACAAAAUGAUGCAUAAUGUACAAGACAAUCUUUAGAUGUACAGAUUUGACACAGUGAGGACAUUUCAAUAAAACUGAUUGGUGUCAAUAAAAUCUGCCUUGAAAACAUGCAUUUUC